UUAUGUGCGACCGCGCAUGCAAAGUUAUCCUUGGCUGCUCUGUGCCUUUGCCUCUCCCUCUCCAAUCCAGUUCAGAUCAAGGUCUCACGAAUCUCAUAAAUUUCACCAUCCUCCUCCUCCUCUGCAUUUACCAACUUUUACUUUAAACCUCUUCAUUCGUUCAAAUGUAAGAAGGGAUUUUUCUUGAUUGAUUUUCCACCCCACACACUUCCUUUUAUUUGUUUCUUCCACCAAGCCUUCUGUGCAUGAAGCCUCGUUUUCGCAUUUCCCAAUUAAUAGACCCUAUCAGAUCUUCUCCUCCCCCUCCCGAUCCUGGUCUGUUUUAAGAAUCCGGUCCUUCAAGUUUUUCAAUACAUACUACUGCUACUAAACUACAAUCAUCACUACUGCUUUUCUGUCUGUCUAAGAGAUUAUUCUCUUUCUUUUUUCAUCAUGUUUCUCUUAUAGCUGCUUAUAUUUAACACUUGCCUGGAGGCAAUCAGCAAUUAAUCAAUUCUAUCGCAUUGUUCGCAUUGUCGAGAAGAUCCAUUCACGAAGACAACUACAAUACAAUUGAAGCAGACUAGACGUUCUAGAUCUACAUGAUUACUACUACCAGACUUUUAAACGGUCCUGCAGAAUACUAGCACGCCGACUGAUCGGAGCAGAUCCACCCCUCCAUCCACGAAGACCCAUAUUACUCCUCUUACGCUACUGCUUAGUAGUGCACAAGUCCAACCUUAUAGUUCGACUUGGCCUACUGGGACAAACUUCAAUUUUCAAUCUCAAAAACCCCCUCAUUCGCACUUUCCCAACUCUUUCUUUAUUUGUCUAAAGUAAGGUGUCACCUCGCCCAGAAUAGCAACCAUGGCGACAACUACUUUACCAAUUUCUCAUCCAACAUUAUCUUCUAUUUUCCAAGAUACCUCGAAUGCAUCACAUAAUAUCCCUUCAAUCGAAUCAAAUUCUGCCUCUGCAGAAUCGAGUCGGCCAUCCUCAAUAGAUUCUCGUCAAGUCGAUUCCAUCCCCGAAGAGGAUGGGUACGAGACUAGCAGUGAAGCUGUUAAUGAGCCAGUAACUCCUACAGAUUUUCAACAUCCUCAACAAAACACGAGAAUACUCACUGGCGGAGAGAUUCCUCAUGAUAUCAUUCGCAAGCUUCCUCCAGGUUCAAUUCCACCUCCUACAAUUGCCAAUACUAUUGCAACUCUUCCACCUUCAUCGAACAACAAGGCAUCAUCUACUACAUCACAACGAAACGCAGACUCGGCCCCAACUUCAUUCACGCUUCCUAAGAGACCUAUCUUUUCUACAAAAGAUUCGGGGUUGAGAGGUAAAGUUUCAAAAUUCUUCAAGAGAUCGAAUUCUCAAACUGGAAAUUUGAUCACAACCGCCUUAAAUGAUCAGACCAAUCUUGCAAAUCAAACCAAUCUUACAAACAAUAAUGGUUCCGACCCAAUGUUAGGAAAAGAGCAUCGCCGAAUGUCCAUUGGACGAACGUCAACUUCCACCACAGCGUUCAAUUCCCGUACGAACACACCACCUUCACCUAGUACACCAUCCGAACCCCAGUCUUCACAAGAAAACAUAAUCUCAAGCGUAGGACCGAACGAACUCUUCACAAUGUCUAAAAAACAAAGAUCUUCGACGGGUCUAAGCAUGAGCUUAAUGAAUAGGUUUCAACACUAUGGACCAAAGAUUACCUUUGAUACAUCAGCAAUGGAAGACCAGAGCAAAGCACCUCAGCGUGCUACAAGCGUUGAUUGGGAUAUAAAUAGUGUUACUGCCAUGGAUCCAUUGGUUAAGGAGAUGUCGCGAGACCCUUGGGCAAUGCCAGCCGAAACUGGAAUUGGUUUAAAAUCAAGACGUUUGAGUAUGAGCCUUCCAGAUGACUUCCUUGUCGACGUCGUAGAAUUGGAUGAAGAAUAUCAUCAACAAAACACAUUUAUAGGACGCCGUGGAAAACAAGUCGGUAAAGGUGCUACGGCUCAUGUGAAACUGGUGGUCAGAAAUGGUACCAAUGAUAUUUAUGCCGUGAAAGAAUUUCGUGGCAAGUCUACAACGGAAAAAGAAGAGGAUUAUGAGAAGAAGGUCAAAUCCGAAUAUUCAAUCGCAAAAGCCGCCCGUCAUCCAAACAUUGUACAAACUUUUCGACUGUGUACACAUAAUGGCAGGUGGAACCAUGUGAUGGAAUACUGUGAGCAAGGAGAUCUAUUCAGUCUCAUCAAUCAGAAGUACCUCCACAAGGAAGACCAUUUGAAGGAUCGUCAAUGUCUAUUCAAGCAACUCAUUCAAGGCAUAUACUUUCUUCAUAGCAAUGGAAUUGCGCAUCGAGAUAUCAAACCUGAGAACCUGUUGAUCACCAAGGAUAGCAAGCUUAAAAUUACCGACUUUGGUGUUUCCGAAGUUUUCGCUGGUAUUCAUCCUGGUUUUAGGGCCGCCAGAGGUGAAUGUGGAAAAGAUAUGACCGAGACUAGACUUUGUGCUCCUGGUAUCUGUGGUAGCCCUCCAUAUAUUGCCCCGGAGGUUCUUGCUAAGCAAGGUACGUGAAUAUUUUAUUAUGCUUUACAUCAUCACCAAUAUUGACAUACUCACUAGGUGAAUACGAUCCAAGACCUCUAGAUGUAUGGAGUGCCGCCAUAGUCAUGCUUUGCAUGACCGCCAACGGAUGCCUGUGGGAAAGAGCCAAGCCUAACACCUCACCCCUCUAUGACGAACUCGUUCGCGGUUGGGACAAAUGGAACGACAAACACGACGGCGCUAACAUAACUGAUUCGGACUACCCGCAUGUUUCAUUCUUUGAUAAACAUAUUAAUCCUCCCGCUCUUCGCCGUGUACUCCUUACUAUGCUCAAUCCAAAUCCAAAACACAGGGCUAGUAUUGGAGAUAUUGCCAGAAAUCGGUGGAUGAAAAAUGUCGAGUGUUGUCAAGUUGAUAGUUACGAUGAACCAACCAGGUUAAUCGAUGCGAGUAAAUGUGGCACGGGUAAUAGGAGUAUGAGUAGGGUGGUGGGUCACAAUCAUUUACCGCCCAAGGAACAUCAUGGACACAAGUUGGUCAGAUUGCCUGGUAGUACGGAUAUGUAAUACAACAUUAGUAUCGUUGAGGUUACAUUGUAGUUCAGGAUGUACUGGGAGACGGCCUUUUUUCAGCCUUUCGUUAGACUAUUACCUUUCUUGCAAAGCCGAGCGAAUGGUUUGGAUGGAUCCUGGAGAUAUGAAAAUUCGCGGAGUUGGGUGUCAUUACACGGCUACACUUUGACAUGGAGGAUCAAGUGUUGCGGUUUACUAUGCGACGCGGUUUGGGUGGAUGGGCCUUUGGUGUUUGUACUCAUGCUAAUUAAUGAUGUGAUGAUAAUGAGUUUCGAAGAAGUGUUUGGGAUUGGGUAGGGUAUCUGAUUUCAUGCUUUGAGAGCGAGAUUCCAGAUUCGAGAUUCGAUAAUUGGUUCGAAGAUAAGUGGUAUGAAGUGGUGCUGUCGUGAUGGGGAUAUGGAGUGGUUGCGUUUUUAUACGUUUGUGGUGGUGUGGUGGUGAAUUGAUUUGAACUGGGCGGUUUUGUGGUUCUGCUUUGGGGUUGAAUGGAAUCGUCUAUAGAGUGGUGGCAUGGCGUGGUUCGUACCUGAGAUUUCUACAAGGCUUGAAGACUGUUACGAAUGCUCGGUGUUAAAUGGGGAUGGAUAAUCAAGAUUGAUUGUGCAUACAUUCAUUGAUCAAAUGAGACUAAAUGAAAUGGAAUGGAAUAAAAGAAACGAAAGGAAAUUAAGUAAUGGAUGAAUGGAUACGGUACUCGGUAGUCAACUACUCGAUGAUAAAUACAAGAGGAACUUGAAGAGUCUCCAUUUGAUUUGGAGGAAGGAAUGUGGAUGUGGAUGGGAAUGGGGGUUGAGAAAAGGAAAGUGAGGAUACUUUUAAGAUUCAGAUUGAAUAUUGAAGAUUGAAUUGAUGGAUGCAUGGAACUGAGAAAUAAAUAGAUUGAAUUGGGAGAUCGUCUAUAAGUCGAUGCCUUUACUUCCCUACCUACCUACCUACGCUCCUAGAAUUACGUACAGACGUACAUAAGAUUACACACAUGAGAUUAUAAACAUACAUACUAGGUAU